GUUUCAUACAAGAGUAAAAGAAAACAGAGUGCCAUAGCUAUCCAACUCAUCUCUUGCUCUCAUCAUCAUAACGCCUCUUUCUUGGUCCUGAACACCCAUUUCGCUCAUCUCUGCAAAAGCACACAGUCUCUGAAAAGAAACAGAGAGAUAUACACAAGAUGGCACUAACUAAAGAAAUCAUGGGUGGUCGUUUAAUUGAUGGACCAUCAUUUGUAACAACAUCAAGAAUGUUCAUGAACCAAAGGCUAGGAAUGGUUAAAAAGAACCAGUUCUUGGUGCGUCCGGUUCUGGUGCCUCUGCAACAGAUUAGAAGACAGGAGCAAGUAAGGAGAGUUGUGAAGGGUCCUCCUGUGGCAGUCAUCAGUGAAGAUAUAAUCAAGGCUAAUAACAACACCAGUUUGCCUGUAAAGGCAGUGAAAUUCAAGGUGAGAGCUUUGGUGACUGUGAGAAACAAACACAAGGAGGACUUGAAGGAGACUAUCGUGAAGCAGUUGGAUGCUUUAACUGACAAUAUAAUUGGGAGAAAUGUAGUUUUGGAGCUUAUUAGCACUGAAGUUGAUCCAAAAAGCAAGGAACCAAAGAGAAGCAAGAAAGCUGCGUUAAGAGACUGGUCGAAGAAAUCAAAUAUUAAAGCUGAGAGGGUCCAUUACACUGCUGAACUUACAGUAGACUCGGAUUUUGGUGUGCCUGGGGCAAUCACAGUGAGCAACAAGCAUCAACAGGAGUUUUUCUUGGAGACUAUCACCAUUGACGGUUUUGCUUGUGGUCCAGUUCAUUUCCCUUGCAACUCAUGGGUACAAUCCAAAAAAGAUCAUCCUGCGGAGAGAAUAUUUUUCUCUAAUAAGCCAUAUUUACCAAGCGAGACACCAGCUGGGCUUAAAGCAUUGAGAGAUAAGGAGCUAAGCAAUCUUAGGGGCGAUGGCAAAGGAGUUAGAAAAAUGUCAGACAGGAUUUACGACUUCGAUGUGUACAAUGAUUUGGGAAAUCCAGACAAGGGACUUAACUUACCAUGGAUGCUUCCUUUUUACAUUCGCAACACAUACUCACAAGAAUCCUGCUUGAUUCCUCGCGUACGUACAGAUAUUAACGCGGAGAGCCGAGUGGAGAAGCCAACGCCACUGUACGUGCCUAGAGAUGAACAAUUUGAGGAGUCUAAGCAAAUUACAUUCUCAAAUGGGAGGCUUAGAGCCGUGCUUCAUACUCUAAUACCAGCGAUUAAGGCCAGCAUUUCUGCAGAUAAUCAAGACUUUAGUAGCUUCUCAGACAUUGGUGUUCUGUACAAAGAAGGGCUUCUUCUUAAAGUUGGAUUGCAAGAUGAAAUCUGGAAGAAUCUACCAUUGCUCAAAGCGGUCAACAAGAUACAAGAGUCUGGUGAGGGACAGCUCAAAUAUGACACGCCAAAGAUUCUUUCCAGGGACAAGUUAGCCUGGUUGAGAGACGACGAAUUUGCCCGUGAAACUGUGUCAGGAAUAAACCCAGUCAGCAUUGAGAGACUUAGGGUUUUUCCACCAAGAAGCAGUCUUGAUCCUGAAAUUUACGGUCCACUAGAAUCUGCUCUCAAAGAAGAACACAUUCUGGGCCAUCUUAAUGGCUUGUCCGUUUCACAGGCCCUGGAGGAAAAUAAAUUGUUUAUGAUUGAUUACCAUGAUAUUUAUCUUCCAUUUUUGGACCGGAUUAAUGCGCUUGAUGGUAGAAAAGCAUAUGCAACUCGUACCAUAUUUUUCUUGACGCCUCUUGGGACACUCAAGCCCGUUGCUAUAGAGCUUAGCCUCCCACCAGCAGGGCCGAAUUCCCGAUCAAAGCGAGUGGUUACACCUCCAGUGGAUGCAACUGGCAGUUGGAUUUGGCAACUGGCCAAGGCUCAUGUUUGCUCCAACGAUGCCAGUGUUCACCAGCUUGUCCAUCACUGGUUACGCACACAUGCUUCGCUGGAGCCAUUUAUACUGGCAGCACACAGGCAAUUGAGUGCAAUGCACCCUAUAUUCAAACUCUUGGAUCCACACAUGAGAUAUACACUAGAGAUCAAUGCCUUAGCCCGCCAAAACUUAAUCAACGGUGAUGGUGUUAUAGAGUCUUGCUUCACUCCUGGCCAAUAUUCUAUGGAGAUUAGUGCUGCUGCCUACAAAAACUUUUGGCGUUUUGACAAGGAAAGCCUCCAUGCCGAUCUCAUUCGAAGGGGAAUGGCAGUGCCUGAUCCGACACAACCACAUGGUCUAAAGCUUCUACUUGAGGACUACCCAUAUGCCCAAGAUGGACUACUGAUCUGGUCUGCCAUAGAGAACUGGGUCCGCACCUAUGUCGAGCAUUACUACCCAGAUUCAAGCAUAGUCUGUAAUGACAAAGAGCUCCAAGCGUGGUACUCUGAGUCCGUCAAUGUUGGCCAUUUCGAUCUUCGUGACGCUGAUUGGUGGCCCAAGCUGGCCACGAGUGAUGAUCUUAUCUGGAUCCUCACCGUCCUCAUUUGGCUCGCAUCCGCACAACAUGCCGCACUGAAUUUUGGGCAGUAUCCCUAUGGUGGUUAUGUGCCUAAUAGACCAACCCUUAUGAGAAGAUUAAUCCCGGAAGAAAAUGACCCUGAGUACGCAAAUUUCCUAGCUGAUCCACAAAAAUACUUCCUAUUAGCAUUGCCAAAUGUGCUGCAAGGCACAAAAUUAAUGGCUGUGAUAGACACAUUAUCAACGCAUUCACCAGACGAGGAGUACAUAGGGGAACGGCAGCAGCCAUCAAUAUGGACAGGCGACGCUGAAAUGAUUGAAGCGUUUUAUGAUUUUUCGGCGGAGAUUCAGCAGAUAGAGCAGGAGAUCAACAGAAGGAAUGCUGAUCCUAGCCUUAAGCAUCGGUGUGGCGCAGGGGUGCUCCCAUAUGAAUUGCUAGCCCCUAGUUCAGGACCUGGGGUAACAUGUAGAGGUGUCCCAAAUAGUGUUACAAUAUAAGCUAAAUCAAAACUUGGACUCAAGUGGUGGCAAGUAAUUAAUGGCCCCAGCAGACUAUUAAUUAGGUAUUUGGGGGCCACUUGCAUUUGGAAAUCAUUGUUUGAGUUAGGUUGCACCUACCAUUUUUAUAUUUUUAUUAUAUGGGUGAAUGAUUUUUAUA